AUGGCGCGUAACAACAUCGCACACAACAUGGCCAUGCGCGCGGGGGGCACGGAGGAGGGUGGGCGGCGGGCGGACGGCGGCGCAGCCAUCACGGGGCUCCUACUCCUGGACCCUUACUUCUGGGGGAAGCAGCCGGUGGUCGGGGAGACGACAGACCCGACGAGGCGGCACCAGUACGAGGCGACGUGGUCCUUCAUCUGCGUCGGGCGGUACGGCAUCGACGAUCCGCGGGUGGACCCGCUGUCGAUGCCGACGUCGUAG